GGAAGUUGAUUCAAACUGGUCUGAUGUUCAGACAGUCAGCAGCGAGACAACAUGGAGGUCACAGCUCUCUGCAUCAGACUGGUAAUACAUGUAUUGAUGCUUCUGGCUGCAGAAGAUCAGCACUGUUACUGCACUGAGAAAGCUGAUGCAGCUUUUCUUCGUGUUGCUCCAAACAAGCUCCAGUUCUUUGAAUAUGACUCUAUCUCAUUUGAUUGUGAGGGAUUCGAUGAUUUCCCCAAGUGGAGAGUGAUGAAGAGGAUCAUGGGAGUCGAAACAAUAUGCCGUCCUAAAUGGGAGACAUCACGGGGACGUUGCUUCAUUGAAAAUGCCUUUGAAUUAGACAGUGGAGAAUACUGGUGUGAAGCUAACGGAACAAUGAGUAGCAACUCCAUCACCAUCAGUGUCACUGCUGGUUCUGUGAUCCUGGAGAGUCCUGCCCUUCCUGUGAUGGAGGGAAAAACUGUAACUCUGAGCUGCAGAAACAAGACGACUUCCUCCAACCUCACAGCUGAUUUCUAUAAAGAUGGCCUCCUCAUGGGCAGCAGCUGUACUGGAAACAAGACCAUCCACAGUGUUUCCAGGUAUGAUGAAGGAUUCUACAAGUGCAGAAUCUCUGGAGCUGGAGAAUCAGCAGAGAGCUGGUUGGCUGUCAGAGAUUCAGUGUCUCUUCAUGUCGUCCCAAACAGAGUGCAGUUCUUUGAAAAUGAGUCUCUAACUUUCCAUUGUGAGGGGUUCAGUGGCUCAGCUGGAUGGAAACUUGUACAUCAGUUAAAAGGGGAACUGAUCACUUGUAGACCUUUUAGCAAGGAGACAACGUGGUCAUCCUGCACCAUUACAAAUGUUUAUCCAGACAGUGGAGAGUACUGGUGUGAGACUGGAGAGGGGGAGAGAAGCAACAGCAUCCACAUCAAUGUCACUGCUGGUUCUGUGAUCCUGGAGAGUCCUGCCCUUCCUGUGAUGGAGGGUAACAAUGUGACUCUGAGCUGCAGAAACAAGACGACUUCCUCCAACCUCACAGCUGGUUUCUAUAAAGAUGGCCUCCUCAUGGGCAGCAGCUCUACAGGAGAGAUGAUCAUCCACAGUGUUUCCAGGUCUGAUGAAGGACUCUACAAGUGUAAGAUCUCUGGAGCUGGAGAAUCAGCAGAGAGCUGGUUGGCUGUCAGAGAUGAGGAUGAAUCGUUGUCAGGACCUGUUUACUACACCUUAGACCUGGAUGAAACUCAACAACCAGGUGAGAGUUAUUGUGAUCAAAAAGCCAUAAGAGUGCACACCACUGACUUAGUUGCGAAGUGA